AUUCUGUGAUAUAAGAUACAACAACGGUAAAAAUUAUUUUCAAAUAUUAUAAACGCAACUAAAAGCAGCAGAACGGGCGUGCGGAGCCUUAACUCUCUUAUCUCGACCCGGUGUUCUUAUACUUGAUAUAAUAUAACAUAUACAUAUAUCGUUUAUUGCGUUGUGCAACACUGAUAAAUAGUAAUCCCAUUUCCCAGUGUACAGUAAAAUUAUAAAAUAUAAGUAAGUCGUUCGAGAAUAAUCGUAUCGUUAAGACUGGAGCUUUCUUAUUGUUGUUAGCGUUAAUGGCUUUCCUCGCGAAAUCCGCUGUCACGUGCACACGGUUAUUGUCUCAGUUGUUUCCUCAGGUCGGCGCUCGAUUAAGCAGUUCUAUUAACGUGGCUAUAGCAAUGGAAAAAGACCAAGUCGUGCCGGACGUCAUUCCCGUUGCUCCGACCGGGAAAAUCCAGGCUUUGUAUUCUAGUGGUGUGAGUGUGAAUUAUGGUAACGAGCUUACUCCUACCCAAGUUAAAGAUCAACCGACUGUCAGCUGGGAAGCCGAAAAGGAUGCACUCUAUACUCUGUGCAUGACUGAUCCUGAUGCUCCAAGUCGCAAGGAACAUACGUUUAGAGAAUGGCAUCACUGGCUUGUUGGUAACAUACCGGGAACAGACUUGAGCAAAGGUGAAACACUCUCUGAAUAUGUAGGAUCUGGACCACCGCCUGAUACUGGACUCCAUCGCUAUGUGUUUUUGGUGUACAAGCAGCCAUCUAAGCUAACAUUCGACGAACCCCGUUUGACUAACAAAUCCGGAGAAAAACGUGAGAAAUUCUCAAUUAAAAAUUUCGCUCAGAAGUAUAACUUGGGAACACCGGUGGCCGGAAAUUACUAUCAGGCACAAUACGACGACUACGUACCUCUACUCUACAAGCAACUUGGAGCUUAAUCACAACUAACACAAUAUUAAUAUUAUUUUUUUUUUUUUCAAAACAUCAAAAUAUUUAGAUGGAAUAGAAAAAAAUUAAUACAUAUUAGUUUUGAAAUAAUUAUUGAUUUUUUAAAUAUAUUUAUAGAUUUAUUUUUUUUUCCACAAUCAAUUACAUAUAUUUUUUAUGUCACUCUUUGGAUAUGGUAACAAUAAAAUAUUGAUUUAGUAUUA